CACUCUCAGAGAAACCAAAGAAAAAAAAGGGCCCUACGAAUACAUUUCUUACCAAAGCAAACCAAAAAAGUUUUACAGAGAGAGAGAGAGAGUGACAGAGAGAAGUUUCUCUUUCUCUUCUUUCCUUUUCCCUCAUUUUCGUUUCUUUGUUAAUUUCUUCUCAGUCAACCAUGGACUCUCCGAGGUACCACCACAACCACCACCAUCACCGUGUGAACCUUCUUCCUUCGCCGCGCCACAGUUUGAGUUCUUCAAACAGCAGCACUAGCAGCACCAGCAGCAACAACAAUGGACUCCACCACUCCCAAUUACUGCCACCUCUGACUCCUACCACCGUGUCUGUUCCUCCAUCUCCUACAUCACCCUACCCUCCGAAAUCCGUGACCAGAUCCGAAUCCGGCAACCCGUACCCGACAACCUUCGUCCAAGCCGACACCAACUCCUUCAAACAAGUCGUUCAAAUGUUAACCGGAUCCACCCAAACCGCAAAACAAGCCUCAGCUUCGGCCUCCCCCAAACCUAACUCGGAACCUAGCAAACCCCACAGCCACAUCCCACCCAUUAGAAAACAAACCGGCUUCAAACUCUUGGAGCGGAGGAACAACUCGCUCAAGAAUCUCAACAUCAACCCUCUCAUCGGAACCUCGGGUUUCAUCCGCGGCAGCGAUAACAACAUAAAAAACGUCGUCGUUUCGUCGUUCUCGCCGUCGUCGCGAAAACCCGAGGUUCUCUCCCCGAGCAUCCUCGACUUCCCAGCGCUCGUUCUCAGCCCUGUUACUCCCCUCAUACCCGACCCAUUCAACCGAUCCCGUUUCCUUAACGAAAACGGCACCGUUUUAAUGGACGCCAUCGAAGCUGCAGAUGAAGAGAAAGCCAUCAAGGAGAAAGGGUUCUUCUUGCACCCUUCUCCGGCCUCCACUCCCCGUGACGAAAAGCCUCGCCUUUUGCCCCUCUUCCCCACCGACGCGUCCCCAGGGAUGGCAAAACAAAAGCAGUGUUGUUGGGCUAGCUGUCAAAGAAAGAGUAGAAGAAUGGAUCAAAUAGAACGCAUCCACCGGUUUUAUCAUGCUGUGUACUUUAUGCCUCUCUUUUCCCAAAGCCCCGCAGGCUAACACCACACCAAUGACAAGGUAGAUCCACACAACAUGUAUUUCCCUUGUCAAACGUUGAAAAUAAAAAAUAAAAAAACACCCUUGUGUAAUUAUUAA